GCGCAUGCUCAAUAAUCACACUCAAAUUUCGGAACGAUGGCGACUGUAGGUUUUGAUAUGCUCGGCGGCACUGCCGAAGGUUUGCUGACCCCUGGAAAGAAUUACAGGAAGGACCCAUCGACAACUUACAAGACUGUGGCCGGUGUGAAUGGUCCUCUUGUAAUCCUUGAGAAAGUUAAGUUUGCCAAGUUUGCCGAAAUCGUCAACUUGACCUUGCCCAAUGGAACCAAGCGCCAGGGUCAGGUUUUGGAGGUCAGCGGCGACAAGGCCGUUGUGCAGGUGUUUGAAGGUACCUCCGGUAUUGAUGCCAAGCACACUGCAUGCGAGUUCACUGGUGACAUCAUGAGAAUGCCAGUGUCCGAAGACAUGCUCGGACGUGUGUUUAACGGCUCUGGAAAGCCAAUCGACAAAGGACCUCCGAUCAUGGCUGAGGACUUCCUGGAUAUUCAAGGUCAGCCCAUCAACCCCUGGUCGCGUAUCUACCCGGAGGAAAUGAUCCAGACUGGUAUUUCUGCUAUCGACACCAUGAACAGCAUUGCCCGAGGUCAGAAGAUCCCAAUCUUCUCUGCUGCUGGUCUUCCUCACAACGAAAUCGCCGCUCAGAUUUGCCGACAGGCUGGCCUUGUAGAUGCCGGUGACAAGAAGGACGGAAAAGCUGGCAACAACUUUGCCAUCGUCUUUGCCGCCAUGGGUGUCAACAUGGAGACUGCUCGUUUCUUCAAGCAGGAUUUCGAAGAGAACGGCUCCAUGGAGAACGUGUGCCUCUUCUUGAACUUGGCUAACGAUCCGACAAUUGAGCGUAUCAUCACUCCUCGUCUGGCCCUGACUGCCGCUGAGUACUUGGCCUAUCAGUGCGGCAAGCACGUUCUGGUCAUUCUUACCGACAUGAGCUCCUAUGCCGAUGCCUUGCGUGAGGUAUCUGCUGCUCGUGAGGAGGUGCCCGGUCGUCGUGGUUUCCCCGGUUACAUGUACACUGAUUUGGCAACUAUCUACGAACGUGCUGGUCGUGUUGAAGGCAGAGAUGGUUCUAUCACACAGAUUCCUAUUUUGACUAUGCCUAACGAUGAUAUUACCCAUCCUAUCCCUGACUUGACCGGCUACAUCACAGAAGGUCAGAUCUAUGUUGACCGUCAGCUGCACAACAGACAAAUCUACCCUCCAAUCAACGUACUGCCCUCGCUCUCUCGUCUCAUGAAGUCUGCUAUUGGCGAAGGCAUGACACGUCGUGAUCACUCUGAUGUGUCCAACCAGAUGUAUGCUAACUAUGCCAUUGGCAAGGAUGUGCAGGCCAUGAAGGCUGUGGUUGGAGAGGAAGCUCUUACGCCCGAUGACUUGCUCUAUCUGGAGUUCCUUGGAAAGUUUGAGAAGAACUUCAUUGCACAAGGAGCGUAUGAAAACCGAACCAUCUUCGAGUCUCUGGAAAUCGGCUGGCAGCUGCUGCGCAUCUUCCCGAAGGAGAUGUUGAAGCGUAUUCCCCAAUCUACGCUUUCAGAACACUACAACCGUGAAAACGUCCAAAAAUAAUAGACCAAUCUACAGUAGAUCAUGACAGCCAUCUGAUUUUAAAUUUUUUAAGUUCUUGAAAUACUGUGUCAUUGUCUCCUUUAUCUGUACAUAGGCCUCGUCAUCAUAUUUAUUUACAUUCCUCUUUUUCCGAAAAUGUCUGCGUUCUGCAGAUUUGUACAGUCAUGCUCGCUUUUUCAAGUGCGCAAACAUUUCUUGCUGGGCAUUGUUUCUUGUUGAACUAAGAACAAUACUUGCUUUGAUUUUCACAGUUAGUGCAAGCUUUGGUGAAUAUCAAUGCCCACCCGGUG